AUGACGACCAAACUCCAAGCCAAGCACGCGUCCUGCACGCAGACACCAAGUUCAGCAUCCAUGACUCUGGGAGACGAGUCUCCGCAUCGUCUUCGAGACCAGAUCAAGACGUGGGUGGCAUCCAACGAGAUCAAAGACAAAAGGCAGCUAGUAGACAACCGAAAACUCAUAGAAACGCAAAUGGAGCGGUUCAAGAUCGUGGAAAGAGAAACCAAGACGAAAGCGUACUCUAAAGAAGGGCUGGGUCUGGCCCAGAAAGUGGAUCCGGCCCAGAAGGAGAAGGAGGAGGUCGGCACGUGGUUAACGAACACGAUAGACACAUUGAACAUGCAGGUGGACCAGUUUGAAAGCGAGGUGGAGUCUCUGUCGGUCCAGACAAGAAAAAAGAAAGGAGACAAAGAGAAACAGGACCGGAUUGAAGAGCUGAAGAAGUUUAUAGAAAAGCACCGCUACCACAUCCUGAUGCUGGAGACGAUACUGAGGAUGCUGGACAACGACUCGGUGCAGGUCGACGCCAUCAGAAAAAUCAAGGAGGACGUAGAGUACUACAUAGACUCGUCGCAGGAUCCGGACUUUGAGGAAAAUGAGUUCCUUUACGACGACCUGGACCUGGAAGACAUUCCUCAGUCGCUGGUCGCCACGUCCCCGCCGGGACACUCGCACUUGGAGGACGAGAUCUUCCAGAACUCCAGCAGCACGCCCACGUCCACCACCUCGUCCUCCCCCAUCCCCCCGUCUCCCGCCACAUGCACUGCAGAGAACUCAGAAGACGACAAGAAGAGGGGACGAUCAACAGACAGUGAAGUUAGUCAGUCGCCUGUGAAGAACGGAAAUCCCUCCUCUUCGUUAUCCUCUUCUUCCUGUUCCUCCUCUUCUUCCUCUUCCGUGUCGGGACUGACGGCGUCGUCGUUGGUCUCCAUGGCGACCAUCGCCGUGGGAGGAGGCGGCAGCAGCAUCACCGUCGGGGGCAACAGCCAUCACAUGAGCAGCUCGGGCGGCCUCCUCUCCAACUCUCUGGCCGGCAGCUACAGCAACGCCACGCAGCAGCCGCCUCACCCCUCCGCGCAGCAGCAGGCCAAAAACUCCGCGGGCUCCUCCUCCCUGGUCCCCCUCUCCAUCUCCAGCAUCUCCACGCACGGCCUCAUCGCGUCCUCGGCGCCGUCUCCGCCCAACGCCGGCACGCAGGGGCUGUUCACCUCCAACUCCCCGUCCCAGGCCCUGCCCAUGCCCGUGGUCUCCUCCAACAGCCUGGGCCUGGGCCUAGGCCUGCCCCUGGGGAAGGGCGGCUCCCUCGGCAGCUCCAUGUCCGGGAGCCUCGGCCUGUCAGGGAUGCCGGCGUCCCUGAACCUCCUCUCCUCAGGCUCCACCUCGGCUCCCUACGCUCAGGCGGCCGCCUCCGGCACGGGCAGCAACUCAGGCUUACCGGGCUCCCUGGGCGGCGUCAGCACGGCGCCGUCCCAGAGCACGGCCGGCGCCAUCGGCAGCGGCAGCAUGACCGUCGGCGGGCCGACGUCGUCCUCCGGAGGUCUGCUGGGCUCCAGCACGGGGAUGGGCAGCCCGGGCCUCGUGAGCCUGGUCUCCGCUCAGGCCGGGCUGCAGGGAUCCUCCUCCCUGAUGUCGCCCGGCUCCAUGGGAGGUUUGGCUCCGGGCAGCGGCGUGGGCGUCAUCGGCAGCAACAGCGGCAGCUCGGGGUCGGCGGGGAGUAGCGGAGUCUUGGGAGGAAACGCAUCGCUCUCCGUUCGACCGCCGAGCCGGCAGAAGCAGAACGGAAGCUCCAGUUACAGUGCCGUGGUGGCAGACAGUCCUGCAGACUCCGCCCUCAUCAGUGCCAGCCAAUCACAGAGCAGCCAGCCCUCAUCUCUGACCAUCACGGGCAAUCAGCCAAAAGACAGUGGUCUGAGUUUACUGGGCUCGUUGAGUUUGUCGUCCAGCUCUCCGUCUCCGGCCUCCUACAGCGAGGCCAAGAUGGUGAGCAGCGGCAGCCUGCUGAACGGACCGCUGUCGUACUCGCAGCCCGCCGACAAGCCCCAGGAGCCGCUGAGCAGCCUGAAGGCCAUGGCCGAGCGAGCUCCUCUCAGCUCAGGGAUCGAGGGAGACAUGUCCUCCCUGCACCUAACGCCAGACAUCUUCCCUAGCAGCACUACGACCCCCUCAGGUCCUCCAUCAGCCCCGCAGCUCUCUCUGUCGGAGGUCAGCAUCGCCCCGUCCCUGGGCGUCUGUCCGCUGGGGCCGGUCCCCCUCUCCAAAGACCAGCUCUACCAGCAGGCCAUGCAGGAGGCGGCGUGGACGCACAUGCCCCACCCGUCCGACUCUGAGAGAAUCAGGCAGUACCUGAUGAGGAACCCGUGCCCCACCCUGCCUUUCCACCACCAGGUGCCGCCUCCCCACUCUGACACUGUAGAGUUUUACCAGAGACUUUCCACGGAAACGCUCUUCUUCAUCUUUUACUACCUGGAGGGCACGAAGGCCCAGUAUCUGGCAGCCAAAGCCCUGAAGAAGCAGUCUUGGAGGUUCCACACCAAGUACAUGAUGUGGUUCCAGCGGCACGAAGAGCCCAAGACCAUCACGGACGAGUUUGAGCAGGGGACGUACAUUUACUUCGACUAUGAGAAGUGGGGCCAGCGGAAGAAGGAGGGCUUCACGUUUGAGUACCGGUACCUGGAGGACCGAGACCUCCAGUGACCUGCACACACGCAGGCAGAUAGGCCGAUAGAUGAACGGACCGCUGAGAAAGUAAGAGAAGGACAGACCGAUGGACGAUGAAGGGUGAUCCGCCUGCUGACAUUCCUGGAUUUGACCUCACCUCCCUGGGGCAAGGAAACAAGAGGGCUGGAGAGGAGAGGAGAGGCACACCUCCUCCUUUCCUCAGCCUCUGAAUUACGCCUUACCGCCCCAGAGACAACUCUCUCCUCCUCUUCUUCCUCCGUAUCCCUCCAUCAUCACACUUUUUUCUUUUUUUUUGCAUCCUUUACGUAAACAGACACAAGAUCAGUCACAGUAAGCAGACUCUCUCGUCCCUGGAACCCUGUUGUGUUGCUUUAUAACGGCUCCGUUUUCUGUUCUGUUAGGACCAAAGAGAAACUGGUGAAUCACUCGUACAGAAUCAGUCAUGAAACAAAACCUGGAGGGCUUUCCCACAUCUGUGACGCGGCGGGGCAGCAAUCAACACCAAAUCGUGGAAAUUUAACUCUUUUGCACCAAAUUAUGUUGAACUGUUUUGUACAAAAGAGUAAACUCCAAUUCUUUCACUCCUUUUUCUGCAAAAACUCAAUCUUGACAAGAAUAUUUGUCUUAUUUCUAGUUAAAAUGUCUCAUUUUUAGUCAAAAAAAUCUCAUUACCGGUACAU